AUGGGGCGGGCGGGGAUGCUGAGGCAGGGGCCUGGGACCUGCUUGCUGGAGGAGAGGGCCACGAGCCUGAGGGCCACGUGGGGAGCAGCCGCCGAGGGGUCCGGGGGGUCCGGGCCGCCGGCGGCCGCCAGGGCUGUGCAGGCGGCUGCGCGGAGCCGGGGACGAGGCCGCCCCGGGGUGGCUCGGAGUGAGUGCUCGGCGUCGCCGGCUGGAGGCGCCCGACCCCGCGGCCCCGCCCCCCGCUGGGGCUCCUCGCAGCCUCGGCCAGAGCGCCCCCAGCCGGCGGGCCCCCGACCCAGGUGGGGCUCGUCGGUGGGCCUGGCGGGGCGGGGCCGGCGGGAGGAGGGCAGGAGGCCGGGCUGGGGCGCCAUGGAGGCCGAGCCGGCCCCCGACUUCUCGAGGAUGCUGCGCGAGCUGCUGGCGCCGCCCUGUCUGGACCCCGAGCCGCCCCCGGCGCCCCCCGCCAGGCAGGACCCGAGGCCCCCAGGCCGCCUCGGACCCAGCGGCAGGUCCUUCUGGCCUGCACCUGGGGACUCCGUCAGCGCCCUGCACUUCCUCCAAGAGACAGCGGAGGGGCUGGCCCAGCCCCCUCCCGCGGACCAGCCGGCCCUGGGGCCCUGCUGGGAGCUCAAGGCCCUGGGGACUCUGGGACCCCCGAGUCCGCCCAGGGAUGCCUGGAAGGUGCUGACCCCGAUCAGUCCGCAAUGCUGCAGCCUGGGGUCCCCGGGGGCUCCCCCGGCCCCUCCGGCCACACCACAGAGGAGGCCCCGGAAGCAGCCGCACCCCCAGCGGGGGGCCGAGAAAGCGGACCCCCGGUUCCAGGGGGUGACCCUGACGUUUGAGAUCAAGCCGGAUUGCAGCCUGCACAUCACACCCAGCUUCAGCCCGGCCUGCAGCAGCCGUCACCAGGCUCCCCCGACAGGCCCGGCCCGGGGCCCUGAGACCAGUUCAGGAGGCAGCGAGGCCCUGGGGCCCCGGCGCUGUGCUUCCUGCAGGACCCAGAGGACCCCUCUCUGGAGAGAUGCCGAGGACGGGACCCCUCUCUGCAACGCCUGUGGCAUCAGGUACAAGAAAUAUGGCACCCGGUGCGCCAGCUGCUGGCUGGUGCCCAGGAAAAAUGUCCAGCCCAAGAGGCUGUGUGGCAGGUGUGGGGUGUCCCUGAGCCCCCACCCAGGCCCAACUCAGGAAAGCUAAGCCGCUCGUCACCCAUGAGCCUGUCCUGCCUCAGUUUCUCCACGGAGAGAAUGGACAGAAGCCCUUCUAGCAGGAGUGGAGAAAGACCUGGGUCUGGAGGGGUCCCCAGGCUGCCUCCUCCCCGUUCAGGGACCCCAGGUGGAAGACCCAGGCCUCAGGCCCCAGAGCCCCUGACUCAGGGGGUCCCUGGCCCCCUCCCUGCCCCCGCUCCCAUCCAGCUUGGCGGAGCCCUUGGGAAAGGCCCUGAGCCGCAAUCCUCAUAUUGUUAA